AUGUGCGCCGCUUGGAUCCACUUGGCCCUGGUGGGGCUCCUGGGAGCCAGUGCCCUUGGGGCUCCGAUUGGGGAGGAAGAUCCCGAGCAGACGGCUGGCUACUUCCAGGGCGACAUGGACGUGGACUUUGAGCGGAAUGGACAGCUGAGCGAAACGCGGCGCUGGCCCAACGCCACAGUCCCCUACAGGAUCGACGAGGCGUUCGAUGCCCCCCAAGUGGCCCACAUUGAGCUGGGAAUGAGGAUCAUAGAGCUAUCUUCGUGCAUCCGCUUCGUGCCCGCCGACGAGGCCGAGGAGAACUACCUGAUCGUGAUUCCCUCCACGUCGGGCUGCAGCUCGAAGGUGGGCUACCAGCCCGGCGAAAGGACUGUCAAGCUAAAGCCCGCCGUGCUGGACACGGGCUGCUUCCGUCUGGGCACCAUCCAGCACGAGCUGCUCCACACGCUGGGCUUCCACCACCAGCAGUGCUCCCCGGAUCGCGACGACUACGUGCAGAUCGUCGAGGAGAACAUCUCCGAGGGCCACGCCAAGAACUUUGUCAAGUACGAGGACACCGAUGUCGGGGACUACGACCAGCCCUACGACUACGGCAGCAUCCUGCACUACAGCUCAUUGGCCUUCUCGGUGAACGGGGAGCCGACCAUCGUGGCCCUGCGGCCGGAGGGACAGUCCCUGAUGGGCCAACGCCUGGCCAUGAGCCCCACCGAUGUACAGCGCCUCAACACCAUGUACAAGUGUCCCAUUCAAUUGUGAAAAUACAUUUGUUUCCAGGCGUUUCGCUAGCCUUUCACGUUGUGCCGAUAAUAAACGGGCUAUCAGAUCGAGAUAGAGGCUAGAGGCUA